AUGGACCAGCCACCGAAUGGAUUCGCCGCCGGAGGUUUCUUCACGCACAUUGAUGGGCAAAACCGUUCUCCCCCUUCUGUAAUUGUAAUUGGGGGAGGGAUUUCAGGCAUCGCAGCCGCACGUGCUUUGUCUAAUGCUUCAUUUAAGGUCACACUCUUGGAGUCGAGGGACCGACUUGGUGGCCGUGUGCACACUGACUAUUCUUUUGGUUGCCCAAUUGACAUGGGAGCAUCAUGGUUGCAUGGUGUUUGCAAUGAGAAUUCUUUGGCGCCAUUGAUUAGGAUGCUUGGGCUUAGAUUAUAUCGCACAAGCGGUGAUAACUCUGUUCUGUAUGACCAUGAUUUGGAAAGUUAUGCUCUAUUUGAUAAGCAUGGCCAGCAAGUUCCCCAGGAGAUAGUUAGCAAAGUUGGGGAGACAUUUGAGAAAAUUCUUAAGGAGACUGUCAAAGUAAGAGAUGAACAUGCAAAUGACAUGCCUCUUAUUCAAGCCAUGGCAAUUGUGCUUGACAGGAAUCCACAUAUGAAGCUAGAAGGGCUAGAUGAUCAGGUCUUGCAAUGGUGUGUCUGCCGGCUUGAGGCAUGGUUUGCUGCAGAUGCAGAUGAAAUAUCUCUGAAGAACUGGGAUCAGGAGCGUGUUCUUACUGGUGGACAUGGACUGAUGGUAAAUGGAUACUAUCCUGUUAUUGAAGCUCUUGCUCAAGGUCUUGACAUCAGGCUUAACCAAAGGGUCACUGAAAUUACUCGUCAGUACAAUGGAGUCAAGGUCACUACUGAAGAUGGCACAAGCUACUUCGCUGACGCUUGCAUAAUCUCUGUGCCACUCGGUGUUCUCAAGGCGAACAUAAUAAAGUUCGAACCUGAACUGCCCUCAUGGAAGAGCUCUGCCAUCGCGAACCUCGGCGUCGGUGUUGAGAACAAGAUCGCAAUGCACUUUGACAGGGUCUUCUGGCCCAAUGUUGAGGUGCUGGGAAUGGUUGGGCCGACACCUAAAGCGUGUGGGUACUUCCUGAACCUGCACAAAGCCACCGGCAACCCGGUCCUCGUCUACAUGGCUGCUGGAAGGUUUGCCCAGGAAGUGGAGAAACUGUCGGACAAGGAAGCCGUCAGCUUGGUCGUUUCUCACCUGAAGAAGAUGCUUCCAGAUGCCACCGAACCAACGCAGUACCUGGUGUCACGCUGGGGCUCCGACCCGAACUCUCUGGGGUCCUACUCGUGCGACCUGGUCGGGAAGCCGGCCGACGUGUGCGCGAGGUUCUCCGCCCCCGUGGAGAACCUGUACUUCGCCGGCGAGGCGGCCAGCGCCGAGCACUCGGGGUCGGUGCACGGCGCGUACUCGUCGGGCAUUGCCGCUGCCGAAGAAUGCAGGAAGCGCCUCCUGACGCUGAAGGGCAUCCCGGACCUGGUCCAGGUCGCGGCGUGGGAGGAGAUGGCCGGAGCUGUGGCUCCCCUGCAGAUUUGCAGGACCUGA